AUGACGGUUAUUUUCGUCAGUUAUGGUUCAUUAGCGCUAGCAUUCUGCCAAAAGAGGCGUUCAUCAGGAUCUGGGGAGAUCUGCAGUUUACACAGUGAGAAGAACAAACUCUUCUGUCUGGAGAGCAAACAGCCUGCGUGUGCGGAGUGCUUUACUUCUCAAAAACAUGUCAAUCACACAGUCAGACCCAUCAGUGAAGCUGUUCCAUCAUAUAAGGAGGAGCUGAAUACAGCACUGAAAGCUUUACAGAAGAAACGUACACACAGUGAAAACAUUAAAGGAGUGUUGGAGAAAACACUUCAACACAUCAGGUCUCAAACUGAGCACACAGAGCAUCAGAUUAAACAGCAGUUUGAGAAGCUUCACCAGUUUCUCAGAGACGAAGAAGCAGCUACAAUCACUGCACUGAGGGAGGAAGAGGAGCAGAAGAAGCAGAUGAUGAAGGAGAAGCUGGAGGAGAUGAGCAGACACAUCUCGGCACUUUCAAACACAAUCAAAGACACGGAGGAGAUGAUGAAAGCCAAUGAUACCUGCUUUCUAAAGGAGUUUCCAGUCACGAUGGAAAGAGUCCAGAUCUCAUCACAGCUGGAUCCACAGAUGACUUCUGGAGCUUUGAUUCAUGUGCCGCGUUAUUUGGGCAACCUGCUGUUCAGAGUCUGGAAGAAGAUGCAGGACAUCGUCCAAUACACUCCUGUGAUUCUGGAUCCAAACACUGCAAAUCCAUCUCUCACUCUAUCUGAUGAUCUGACCAGUGUGAGACGGCGCAACUGUCAACCUCUUCCUGAUAAUCCAGAGAGAUUUGACUGUUAUCGCUGUGUUCUGGGUUCAGAGGGCUUUAACUCAGGAACACACUGCUGGGAUGUGGAGGUUAAAGACUGUUCAGUCUGGACUCUCGGAGUAACUACAGCAUCCAACCAGAGGAAGGGAUGGGGUUUCUUCAACACUGAUGGUGUCUGGAGUUUGCAGUACAAUGUGACUCGACAGACUGGCUUUGCUGUUGGACAGCAGCUUGAGCAUGUGCGAGUGAAUCUGGACUUUGACGGAGGAACAGUGUCAUUCUCUGAUCCUCUAACUAACACACAUCUACACACAUUCACAACCACCUUCACUCACACACUCCUUCCGUUCUUCUGGUGUUCUUCCUCUCUGAGGAUCUUACCGGUCAAUAGCCAGUGAUCGUUACUCUUGUAGGUCUGGAUCUUCCUGCUUUCAUCACGUUUCAAUAUUUAAUCUAGAUCACAUGAGUAAGAGUGCUGAUGAUCUGAAUAUCAGAUCAGAAAUGUUUUUUUUUCAGUAUUAUACCACUGAAAGAGUUAAUUCAACACAUUUUCAGUUUUGGUUGUUGUUAGAAAACACUCUCUGUCUGUAUUGGUUCCAGAUGUUUUCCCCCUCCUUUUCUUCUCUUUCCCUCUCUGCUCGCCCUCCCAGUACAGCGCAAUGUUGUUUUCUCUGAUUUCCCCCUCCUCCAUCUGUUCUCUCUCUCUUGUAUUAUGU